AGCAAAGUGUCGAACCGUUUUUGUUUUUCACUUGGCAAAAUGGUUUGUAAAUCGGUUAUGCUCCACGUUUUGCAAUUUCCGGAAUCUUCAAAGGAGAUGGUUCAAGUCUGACAGAAAAUUAGACCAGCUUUUCAAAUCUAGCUUCGCGGUGGAGCUCCGAGAAGCUGAAAGCUGGAAGAGUUCCGAACACACCCCUAGUCAUCUCUCGUCGCCCACUCGCCUGGGUGUCGGAGGCCGGAAGCGCCGCAGCGGCAAGCCGGCGGUUGCGGUCCAAAUUUCAGAAAUCAAAAUGGGUCCGAUAACACAUCAUUUUUCUCUUGUGCAAGUUUUGUCUAGCCCUAAGGCAUAAUGUUUUGUUUGAUACAUCUUUGAACCUUGAUUGAUCUAGGUCAUAAAAUGAGAUUUUAGAAAAGAAAUCAAUUAAUCAAAUGUUUUGAUCGUGUCCAUAUUUCUGAUACUGUCCAUCAUUUAUGUUUUGAUCGUGUUGUCGUAUCUAUUUUCCCGCCCAAUCAAACACAAAUCAGGCCUCAACACAAUACACAAGCCUAUUUGGCACCUCGGUCUGCUAAAAAAAAUCUAGCCCACUUCGGCAACCCCCUCACGGACGGCGGCGGCGGCCACGUCGGCGGCGCGAUGGAGCUCUCGGCCGCGUUCGAGGAGCGCGUCCGGCAGAUGGAGGACGCCCGCAACCACCGCCUCUCCCUUCUCCAAGCCGAGAAGGAGAUCCAGGCCGCCAAGUCCCGCCUCCUCGGCGCAAAGGUCGCCACCGCCCGCCGCCUCGAGCAUCGCCGCCUCCUCCUCGAGCGCCGCGCCGCUGACCUCGCUUCCCGAACUCUAGCCGCUCGCGCCGUCAUCGACGCCACUCAUGCUCGCCGCCUCGUCGUCGCCCGUGACCUCAGCUUGGUGAGGGCCGAGAUCGAGGAGGCAGAGCGGAAGGAGGAGGACUGGGACCGCUUCUACGAGUCCAAAAGGAAGGAGAUGCAGCAAUUCCAGGCAAUGUCGCAGCAAUUCGAGGUGGAGGCUAGUAAGGAAGUGCAGAUGCUGAAGGAUAUGGUAUCUCAAAAUUCUUUGCAACUUUAUGGAGCGGAUUGCACGGAAAAGCUGCAAUCAACCCUGCAAGAGCAUCAGAGCAGUGGGAUGUACUCGAACGACGCAGAUAUUGCCGCCGCAGAAGCCAGGAAGUCUGAUCUCACGUCCAAGAAGGCAAAGCUGGAUGAGAGCCUGGCUUCAGCCCGCCAGUUCAGAGCACUGCUGCAGAAGCAGCUUCAGAAGGCUUUCGCGUCACAGGUUGGGGAUCAGAAAGCAACACAAAACUGACCAUCUGAAGCUCAGGUAGACCAGAAUGCUACGAACAAAGCGAGGACACCUUCGUUGGCUGCUAGCUUGAUCGCUCCCCUCCAUUUCAUGCAUCGGCUGCACAGAAGAAAAUUGAAAUCUAUCCGGUAAGAUACAAAGAGCCGUAUCUAAGAAGCUCUGCUAAUUUCCCAGAUUCAAUAUUUGACACUCACUUUGUCAGUAACAUGUGGGUCCGGAUCCCCUGGACACGUGAUGUAAUCCAGAACCGUCAAAUAUCCCAGUGGCAAAUACGGAAUUUACCUUUGUUUUCU